UGGAGGCAACCACAAGAAAUACACGUGUGGGAGGAAGGUUGAAGCAGGAGCUUUACUAUCUGCGCAUCUUAUAGAAAGACAGUUGUGGUGACAUUGCUUGAAAACUUUAAGCAAACUGAGCGGCGCUAGUAUUCGUGAUAUUCAUUCACUAGUUUUCCUUCAUAUCGAAUCACCUUUCUUUUUAGGAAACCCACGGUAGGCUACGCAUCUUAUCGCUGGUGCGUAAAGAUCGGUGCGUAAAACUAAAACUCUUCACUGCGGUGGCAAAGCAAGUCAAGUGGGAUUCAUUCUACUUUAAAUCUUCAUUGUUGAACAACUGAGUGUCACAAAGAGGAUUUAAUGGAGGUGGUUUGGUGAAAGCGACGCUUUCUCGGGACUUUAAAGUUUGGAUUAACGCUUUUAAAUCGUCCAUUUUUCCCCCCCUAUCCUAUAAGUAGAAUGGAGCGUAGAUGCCGUACCUGUAUGGGACCCUGACAGUUUUGGAUCUCUUAAUUGCCACGGGUAUCACUUUCUAUGCGUAACAAGAGGGGGAUAAAACUGAGCUGAAAUCCCCUUCAGGAGCAACUUUAUUUCCGAGAGCUUCCAGCAGCGAAUCAGUGGAGUAUUCAUGAAGCAAUAUUUGAACUAUUACAAGAUGAGGCUGAGAACUUCGAGGUUAGGUUAUCUGUUACUUCAGUUCACGGCGCUUUGCUUUUACGCACAGAACACCGUGCAGUCCCCUCCGAAUUUCAAGCACCACGUUACCGAGCAGAGCCGGCUAUCGGACCGGAUGAGCCGCAGGCUGACCCGAACCUACCAGCUGUACAGUCGCACCAGCGGGAAACACGUCCAGGUCCUGGCCAACAAGAGGGUGAACGCCAACGGAGAAGACGGAGCGGCACACGCUAAACUGGAAGUGGAGACGGAUUCUUUUGGAAGUCGCAUUCGUAUUAAAGGGGUGAAGACAGGAUAUUACAUAUGUAUGAACAAGAAGGGGAAGUUGAUCGGCAAGCGGAAAGGGCGAGGCAAGGACUGCAUCUUCACCGAGAUUGUUCUGGAAAACAACUACACUGCACUCCAGAACGCCAAGUACGAGGGCUGGUACAUGGCUUUUACACGCAAGGGCCGCCCCAGGAAGGCCUCCAAGACCAAGCAACACCAGAGGGAGGCCCACUUCAUGAAGCGUCUACCCAGGGGGCACUUGCUGAGUGAGAAGAGACCGUUUGAUGUUCUUCCUCUCCCUGUCCCCGCGCACCCUUUCAACAAGCGGACUAAACAUUCCCACCACCAGCGCUCAGGGGGACGCUGAGGACUGAAACCACUGAGGGAGAACCGUGGAUGAACCAGCACAGAAGAACCACUACAAGAGAAAACCAUGUGCUUCAUGCAAACUAACUUUUCCUGUCAAGUGCCAAUACACUUUUUGCCUCAUUUUUGGAUUCGAUAUAUAAUUUUUUGUUGUUUUUUGUACUGGCUUGUAUGUAAACAUUGACUAUCUAAUCUGUUAGAUUUUUUUCCAAUUCAGACAAACUGUAGAACGCUUAUUUUCUUAUUAAAUCAGGAGGCAUUUAAAGUACAGGAGAGCUCAACAAUAAUUUCACGAAUGAAAACCCUUUGUUAGAAGUUAGUCAGCUCAGCAACAAAGAAUGUUUAAAUGAGUAUAAUGAAGCUAGACACGGCAGCUAUCUGUGGUUACAGCAUCUGACUUUCAGCUGACAUGCUAUCUUGCCUUUAUGAGGCCAUUUUGGAGACUAUGUAACCUGUUUUUUUUCUACAUAUAUAAAUAUAUUUUUACUGUAAAAAUGUAAAUUACAUCAAAUGAUGGAAAUAUUUAUUGUAGAGUGUAUAUUAAAACCA